GUCCAGAGGGUUAAUGGGACUGGCCUGCAGGGCAGCAGUCUCCCAGCAUAUAAAGCCUUAGCCCUCCUUACCACAACAAACAGACAGUACACCGGACGGUAGAUGCGCUUUUACGCAUUAAUAGGGGUCUAUUGGUUUGUACGCAGACCGAACCAUUAAUGCCUCUUUGGCACGGUUGAGAUUUUACUCGUUUUUGUUUUUUUAACAUUCUGCGUGUGACCAUGACUCUCUCCAGUGAAUUUGAGGCUUCACAGCACGCUGCUUUGCCCUUAGAAGAGGAUGAGAUUGACAUAGUGGGCGAGGAUGAGCCUACCCACGGGCGUUUAUAUCGAAAUGAGUGCUCCACGGACCCCGGCUCCUCAGCAGAAUCUGGUGCUGAGUUUGACUCUUCAGAGCCAGACUCCUCGGGGGAAAGCGAGAACAGUUUCUGCGCAGACGCACCGCCGUCCAGGAAAGCUCAGAACAGCUCGGUAAAGCCUCCCUACUCCUACAUUGCCCUCAUCACUAUGGCCAUCCUGCAGAGCCCGGUGAAGAAGCUGACGCUGAGUGGCAUCUGUGACUUCAUCAGCAACAAGUUUCCCUACUAUAGAGACAAGUUCCCCGCUUGGCAGAACUCCAUCAGGCACAACCUGUCUCUCAACGACUGUUUCAUUAAGAUCCCGAGGGAGCCUGGGAACCCGGGCAAAGGUAACUACUGGUCUCUGGACCCUGCCUCAGAGGAUAUGUUCGACAACGGCAGCUUCCUUCGGCGAAGGAAACGCUUCAAGAGAAACCAGCCCGAAUUCGGCAAAGACGGACUUAUGUUUUAUUCCAACUUGAACUGCUACCGGCCGUACGGGCAACCAUAUUGCUUACAAGGCCAGGUAAGCCCCCCGCCCGCUGCUCCUAUCCGGUACAUGCCUCUACAGGAGGGCAUCAUGAUGCCUCCCUCUUCCUAUCACCUACUACCACAAACUUUGAACAGUCACAGGAAGUGCAGUGGGCCUAAAGACUUCAGAGCGCAGGUUUGCGCACCAGAACCGCCUGGCCCGCGGGCAAAGUGCUCUUUCAGCAUUGACAGCAUCAUGAGCAAGCCCUCUCCCAACUGUCCACAGAACCCGAGUCCACAGCAGAGCCCUCGCAGCGCUCUUGGGUACGGUCACCUCAUGGUUCCGACGCUCCUGCAGGAUCCCAGGACUCCGGUGUUCUGCCCUCCUGCCAUGCUGAGCACGGCUCCUUUAAGAAACGAGCACCUCAGACUCUCUUACCAUCACUGCUGAGGCCUUUAGUGUCUGUAUGUUUGAUGAUAUGUGAAGACACGUCGGUGUAGCUCAUUUCUUAAAGAAAUGUUUUAAUUGCAUGGUAUUUAUGUACGUUGACCGUCAAAGUUAU